AUGUCUCUCUCAAAGGGAGGCUCCCACAGCCCCGCCCUCUUCCCGCCUGGGAGACCUAGGACCCCACUUCAGAGGAAGGGCAUCCUCACUGCCUGCCUCACUGGGUCUCAGGGGAGGGCAGACUUUGUGGGCGCCAGACCCACUUGUGUCAGUAGAGGGAGACGUCCAAGAUCUGCAGACAUAAAAGUGGGAAUCCUGAGUGAGGACCUGGGGCCCAAGGACCCUAAUCCUUCAGGCAUCCGGCAUCAGGCGCGCCCUGGACAGCCCCGCGGGAAAGGACCCACCAACUUCUACUUGGGAGUUGAAGACCUGUGUGGCGGUUGCCUGGCUGAGGGCGGCUUCGCAGUAGUGGCUUUGAGUCAAGCCAUCAUGCCUCGUGGUCAUAAGAGCAAGCUCCGUGCUCAGAAGAAACACCACCAAAACAGAGCUGAGAAACAAGGUGAUAAGAGUGCUCAGGCCGCUGCAGGAAAGGAAGGAGAGGCCAUUUGUUCCUCCUCUUCUGUUUUAGGGGAUGCUGGUGCUGGCACUCUCCAGGCACCUCAGGGUGCCCCAGCCACCACCAGUGGCGCUGCAGCUGCCUCAUGUGAAAUACCUGCUGUAAAAGCCAAAGGCCAUGUUAGGAAAAGUAAAAGUUCCUCCAGGGCCUCAAUUUCCACUAAGAAUGCUGGCCAAGAUCUUAUAAAUCAAAAGGCAAUUAUGUUAGUAGAGUACCUGCUGUAUCAAUAUAAAAAGAAUGAUCUCAUUAAAAAGGAAGACAUGCUGAAGAUCAUCCACAAGUGGUUCAGGAAGGACUUCCCUGAGAUCCUCGGGAGAGCCUCUGAGCGCAUGGAUCGGUUCUUCGGCCUGCAAGUGAAAGAAGUGAAGCCCAACAGUAAUUCCUACACCCUUGUCGACAGUGAAGAUGAGAGUCUGAGCAGCGGCUUCAGAUUUCCUACCAAAGGGAUUCUGAUGCCUAUCCUGGGUGUCAUCUCCUUGAAUGGCAACAGCGCCACUGAGGAGGAGAUCUGGAAAUUCCUGAAUAUGAUGAGUGUCUAUGAUGGAAAGAGUCACUUCAUUUUUGGGGAGCCCAGGAAGCUUAUCACCCAAGAUUUGGUGCAGGAAAAAUACCUGGUGUACCAACCUGUGCCCAACAGUGAUCCUCCACGCUAUGAGUUCCUGUGGGGUCCUAGAGCCCACGCUGAGACCAGCAAGAUGAAAGUCCUCGAGGUUUUAGCCGAUCUCAGUGAUACCCUGCCCACUGCCUACUCACCCCAUUAUGAAGAGGCUUUGCAAGAUGAGGAAGAGAGAAAGCAAGCCAGAGCCCAAGCUGCACCCAGGGAUGCCACUCCUCCCAAGGCCAGUGGUGGCUCCAGGGCCAAAUCCAGCAUCUAA